AGGUCUAGACCAGAUCCUGGGGUAUUUUAGUCGCACAGGUUUGUGACAGUAUGCGGGGAUGCACGGGAUUCCCGAUGGCCGUCUCGGUGGUAUUGACACUUUUGACCAUCAUUAACGUGAAGGCGAGUGGAGAAUACUGUCACGGUUUUCAUGACGCCCAGAGCGCAUGGAGAGACGGCUUUCAGUGCCCGGAGCGCUUCGACAGCGCCGAGGCCAUCAUCUGCUGCGGGAAAUGCGAGCUCAGAUACUGCUGCUCCAGCUCAGAAGCUCGCCUGGACCAGGGCACAUGUGAUAACGAUAAGCAGACACAAGACACCAACCCUGGGAACAAGGACGACAAAAAUUCUGGGGCAGUACCCAUCUAUGUGCCCUUCCUGAUCGUCGGCUCGGUCUUCGUUGCCUUCGUGCUGGUGGGCUCCGUUGUUGCCGUGUGCUGUUGCCGCUGUCUCCGUCCCAAACAGGAGCCUUCAUCAGGCGGCGGCUCAGGAGGAGGGUCCAGCAGCGCCCGUGUCCUUGAGACGAUUCCCAUGAUGGCCAGCACAGGUACGUCGCGAGGCUCGUCCUCCCGCCAGUCGAGCACUGCCACCUCCUCCAGCUCUUCAGCUCCACCGGCCGCCCCCCGUUCCGCACACGCCCCUCUGCUCCGCGCCCAGGCCUCGUGCUGCCUCCCGCCGGAUGCCAGCGUCUACGUGAACAUGCCGACCAACUUCUCAGUGCUAAACUGCCAGCAAGCCACUCAAAUCCUUCCUCACCAAGGCCAGUUUCUACAUCCUCAGUACAUCGGAUUCGCCCACCCUGUUUCUCCGGCUCCUGCCUUCCUAGAUCCCGCUCAAGUGGGCUACCGCCCAUUGCAGUCUCCGUACCCUCCGCCAACCAGCGUGGCUAGUGUGGCCAGUGUGACCGGGGACCAAAAAUACCCUCCGGUUACCAUGUGAAUCCCAAUGGGACCAUCAUAGGAAUCAAAAUCACACAAAAAAUCAGUUCAGGGCACAAAAUUGAGAGUCAUGGCUUGCAACCACACAAAUGAGACUCUCAAACCGGUGCUUUAUCAAACACAACAUUGUUUUCUGUGAUAUAAAGGACACAGUGCUUAAGAAAUGACUGGAUGUGUGUGUAACGUGCCUUGAAAAGUGCUAAUGGUGCCUUUGUAAAUGAAGCGCGUGUGUAUAUAUGCGAUGUAUAUUUGUGUUGUAUAACCGUGCAUGUGCGCUCUGUGCGUGACUGUAUAGGUGUGUUGGUUUAUGAGAUGCAGUAUGUGAAUAUGUGUGUGUGUAGUGCACUAUAUGUUGUGUGUAAUGGGAAUCACAGGUGCUGUAAUGUGAAAAACAGUCCUGGCUCCCUGUUGGAUGCUUAAAAUCUAAUGAAGUGAACACAGGACACAGACUGUGACGCUCCACCCUCUUGCCCACUGCAGCACACGCACAUACAGUAGACACACACACUUAAACUUUUGCAUAUACACACUCACAUUCUGCAGAACCAAAGUCAUUUUCGCAUUGCCAAGGGACUGAAUAGAAAAUAUACAAAAAUAUAGGCCUGUGUUUGGGAAAGCGAUGUGCGAAGGUGUGUGUAGCUGAGAUCAGCGGUCUUCUGAAAGCACCAGAGUCAAUUACGCACUAAAAACUGUCUGCCAACUGUUCCCCUUCACUAAGUCUCUGCCUUGUGAAAGGACUGUGUAUGUGUGCCACUUUUCUUCCCCUCUGUUAGCAUAAGGUACACGCGAGGAGUACCAAAAGGGUUCCAGGGCAUUUCAUUUGGAGUGGGUUUCUUUCAGCGCGCUCAAAGGCAGCAGUUUAGCGAGGGAAAAAAGCCCCAGGCUCCUCCAGAAGGCCAUCACCUUUCUGGACUACUAAAACUCCAGCAUUAGAUCUCAGACUGGCAGAAAAAUCACAAUGAAAUUAAAGACUGCCAGUCUGAAAU